AUGAUUAUGUGGCUCCGAGAAUCGUCGCUGCUUGUUGUGGAAUCACGAGAAUUAGUUAUGCACGCCAAGUGUUCGACAGAAUCUCUCAACCAAAUGUUUCUGUUUGGAACGCUAUGUUCAAUGGGUAUGCGCAAAAAGAUUUUAUCGGCGAAUAAGGUGUUUUGUGAGAUGGUUGAGAAAAAUGUAGUUAUUUGGACUUCGAUGAUCAAUGGGUAUCUUUUGAAUAAGGACUUAGUCUCUGCUCGACGAUAUUUUGAUUUGUCGCCUGAGAGAGAUAUUGUGUUGUGGAACACUAUGGUAGCUGGUUAUAUUGAAAUGGGGAAUAUGAUGGAGGCUAGGAGUCUUUUUGAUCAAAUGCCUUGUAGGGAUGUCAUGUCGUGGAAUACGGUUUUAGAGGGUUAUGCAAAUAUUGGAGAUAUGGAAGCAUGUGAAAGGGUUUUUGAUGAAAUGCUGGAGAGAAAUGUGUUCUCUUGGAAUGGUUUGAUCAAGGGCUAUGCUCAAAAUGGGCGGGUUUCUGAAGUGUUGGGUUCUUUUAAGAGAAUGGUAGAUGAAGGGAGUGUUUUUCCAAACGAUGCAACAUUGACUUUAGUCUUAUCCGCUUGUGCAAAGUUAGGAGCUUUUGAUUUCGGGAAACGGGUACAUAAGUAUGGAGAAAAUCUUGGGUAUAAUAAGGUAGAUGUUAACGUUAAGAAUGCUUUGAUUGAUAUGUAUGGAAAAUGCGGAGCUAUAGAGAUAGCUAUGGAAGUUUUCAAAGGAAUAAAGAGAAGAGAUUUGAUAAGUUGGAAUACCAUGAUCAACGGUUUAGCUGCACAUGGACAUGGAACUGAGGCCUUAGAUUUAUUCCAUGAGAUGAAAAAUUGCGGAAUUAGUCCUGACAAGGUAACAUUCGUCGGUGUUUUAUGUGCCUGUAAACACAUGGGUUUGGUUGAAGAUGGCUUGGCUUAUUUCAAUUCCAUGUUUACUGAUUUCUCAAUCACGCCUCAGAUCGAGCAUUGCGGUUGUGUAGUGGAUUUGCUAUCACGGGCUGGAUUUUUAACACAAGCUGUUGAGUUCAUAAACAAAAUGCCGGUAAAAGCGGAUGCUGUUAUAUGGGCUACUCUACUUGGAGCUUCAAAGGUUUAUAAGAAGGUGGACACUGGCGAACUUGCUCUUAAAGAGUUGAUCAAGCUUGAACCAAGAAACCCGGCUAAUUUCGUGAUGCUCUCAAACAUCUAUGGAGAUGCAGGAAGAUUUGAUGAUGCUGCAAGGCUAAAAGUUGCUAUGAGAGACACCGGGUUUAAGAAAGAAGCAGGGAUUAGCUGGAUCGAGACCGAUGAUGGUUUAGUGAAGUUUUAUUCUUCGGGAGAGAAGCAUCCUCGAACAGAGGAAUUACAGAGGAUCUUGGGAGAGCUGAAGAGCUUCAACAUCCUUCUUGAUGAAGAAGAAGAACUUUAAGAACAUUUUAUGUAAUUUUGCAGAAGCUUUUGUCAAGAUUGAACUUUUUUCCAUUACCGGAAUUUGCUGUGAAAAAACAUUCUGCAAUGUGGAAGCGGAAAGCUCGUACUCUUGAGUCUUGAGGUAUAGGAAUUUGUAUUACUUCACAAUUUCGUAAAGCAAUUUACAAAGAGCCUUGUGCUCAGCUAAAGAAGGUUGCUGAGUUCUUGAGUUGUCCAUUUACCGCAAAAGAAGAAGAGAGCAAAUUAGUAGACGAGGUUUUAUACUUUUGUAAUCUAAGCGUUUAGGAGGUCAACAAGAUCAUGAAUGGAAUGGGUCACAAGAAGUAUUUCAAGGUUUGAGUUUAACGAAAGAUCCGUUGUAGCACUGGUAUAACUAGUCUUGAUUGCCGAUCUCUCGGAUUCGAAGUCCGACGGCGGAUCACUUUUUUAAAAUUUGUAACCAUCCGUUUUGAUCUUGUAUAUAUUAUUUAUUAUUCACAGAUUAAUAAAAGAUCCGCUGUAGCACA